AUGCAAUUACAAUACUUAGCCGUACUUUGCGCUCUACUGUUGAACGUGCAAUCUAAAAACGUCGUUGACUUUAGUCGUUUUGGGGACGCCAAAAUAAGCCCUGAUGACACAGACCUUGAAAGUCGUGAACGAAAGAGGGUCAUUGGUCUUCAAGACAACCUUCAAAUUAAAACUCCAGGGGAAGGGGACUCUUUGAUUGAUAUUCUCCGAAAAAGAGACGAACAUGAUGAAGAACAAGGGGUUCUCAAACAUGACAUUGUCAUCCCUGCUAAUACCGAGGCGUUUGGUGGCUCCGAAGAUGUUGACUAUACAGUAAUUAAACCAAAGACUAGCCAGUUACUUGCCACUACUUUAACCCAGCUACCAGAGGUUUCCGUUUUUGCUUCAUACAUUCGUGAUAAUAUUGAUCUCACAAAUGAGCUUGGCGCCGAUUUGAAGUCUAACCAGAUACUCAUCUUUGCUCCGACUGAUACUGCUAUCAAAGAGUUAUCUAAGAAGCCAUGGGAAUGGCCAUCUGAGAUCACCGAGACUAAUAACCUAAAGGAUGAAACUUCGACUGCAAAUAUCAACAACUUUGUUGAGUCGCAUGUUGUUGUCACUUCUGAUAAAGGAUUAAAUCUUGAAGAGGGUGCCAACAUUGGGACCGCCGUAUUGACCACGUUGAAUGGUCAAACCAUAAAUUUAUUCAACUCUGACAGAACUUUCUACAUAAGUGUAGAUGACCAGCCUAAGUUUCCUUUGAGACAGAUUGAAGUUGUUUCUAACGGAGCUGUACUGAUCAUCGACCGUGCGUUGGACUGGCCAGAGAGGCACUAA